AUGGAGUCGAGUUCUGUCUCUUCGCUUCCGAGCUCUUCUGUGCUUCUGGAAGCUACAGAAGCUUGUGAUUUUAAUCCUCUGAUGGUGUCAGAUGAGCUCGACUGCUUCAGCGAUGAGGCUUCCGCAUUUUCUGGAUUCUGUAAUCUUGGUGUUCCAUUCGAUAGAUUUUCGGAAGGAUCUACUCUUCCAACUGCAUGCAGUACUAAAACUGCAAGCUGCCCAUUAGAGCCUUCGCCUUCAUCCGAGGAGCUUGAUGUCCUGGAGGCAGAAUUGAAGUCGAUCCAUGAUGCUUUAAUGGAGGAUGUUAAUGUUGGCAACGCUGGUUUGGCCGAAAUAGGGUUUGGACAGGACAACUCUUUCGGGAAUACACCCAGAAGCGCCAAAAAACCAUCUCUGGAGGAGGCCUCUGCUGAACAGAAAUGUACCGACAUAGCCAUGGUUUCUCUUCAUCUCAUUCAAAACAAAAGGCCCUUCAAAUGCUCUCAUUGUGGGUGUGAGAAAACUUUCAAGAAUCCUCAGACACUGAAAAUGCAUUCCAAGACUCACAGUUCCGAUGAGGUUUCUCUUCAACUGAGCUCAGAACCAGUUCCUCAUGCAUGCAGGGCAGGACAGAACAAGAAGAUUCCAUGUAGAUGCCCAGUCUGUGGAGGGACAUUCGUCGGCCUUUACGAACUGAGGCGCCAUUUCGGCAGGAAGCACUCAGAGGGGGAGAAGAUGCAUUGCUGCAAGAAAUGUGGGAAAAAAUUCUAUGUUGAGGUGGAUCUGAGAGACCACCUAAAGCUCUGCGGAGAGCCCAUAGGAUGCAAAUGUGGGAUGAAAUUUGCAUUCAGAUGCAACCUUCUGGCUCAUAAAAAAGCUCAUCCAGAAUGCAUGUAG